GUUGAAUAGGUGUCCUCGGCUGGAAUCCUAAGAGAACCUACAAGGAGUUAUUCAUGAUGUCAGACUAUAAUUGGUUUGAAGGCAUACCUUUUCCUGCCAUAUCAUAUCAAAGAGAAAUUUUGGAAGAUAUUCGUAAUAAGUUUGUGGUGAAAGAAGAAGACUUGUUGAUAUUAACUUACCCCAAGUCAGGAACGAACUGGCUGAAUGAGAUUGUAUGCUUGAUUCAGACCAAGGGAGAUCCGAAGUGGAUCCAAACUGUGCCCAUUUGGGACCGCUCACCCUGGAUAGAGACUGAAAUAGGAUAUCCUGCAAUAAUCAAUAAGGAAGGACCACGACUCAUAACCUCCCAUCUUCCCAUCCAUCUCUUCUCCAAGUCUUUCUUCAGUUCCAAGGCCAAGGCGAUCUAUCUCAUGAGAAAUCCGAGAGAUAUUCUUGUGUCUGGUUACUUUUUCUGGGGUAACACAAACCUUGUGAAGAAUCCAGGGUCACUCGGAACUUAUUUUGAAUGGUUCCUCCAAGGAAAUGGUACAACUGGGGACUGGAAGAAUCACUUCACAGUAGCCCAAGCUGAAGCCUUCGAUAAAGUUUUCCAGGAGAAAAUGGCCGGAUUCCCCCCAGGGAUGUUCCCAUGGGAAUAAAUUUUCAAAACUUUUGAAUAUUAUAUGAACACUGAUGUUUAUGUUCCUGUUGUUCUAUAUCUUGAAUACCUGAAUAUGGUCAUAGAAUAAAACCUGUUGUGGA